UCACUUUAGCCGCGGUGAGUGCAGCAUUUGGGCCGCAUUUACGUUAAUUUUAUUUAAAUACCAUUUAGUAACAUUUAAAAUCAUGUCGCAAAUUUGUAAACGAAGCCUGUUGACUGCAAACCGCAUCGCCAUUAAUGCACCAGCAGUUUUACGUUGCAAAUCCACAUGGUUUUCCGAGGUACAAAUGGGUCCACCCGACGCCAUAUUGGGCGUCACGGAGGCCUUCAAGAAGGAUACAAAUCCGAAAAAGAUUAACCUGGGUGCCGGCGCCUAUCGUGACGAUAAUACGAAGCCAUUUGUGCUUCCCAGUGUGCGUGAGGCCGAGAAGCGUAUAAUCAGUCGUACACUGGACAAGGAAUAUGCCACAAUCAUUGGCCUGCCCGAGUUCUACAACAAGGCCAUUGAGUUGGCUCUCGGCGAGCAGUCGAGCCGACUGAAGGCCAAGCACAAUGCCACUACGCAGGCGAUCAGCGGCACUGGAGCGUUGCGUGUGGGAGGCGCAUUUUUAAGCAAGUUCUGGAAGGGAAACCGCGAGAUUUAUUUGCCCACACCGUCGUGGGGCAAUCAUGUGCCCAUUUUCGAGCAUUCCGGUCUGCCAGUCAAGCGUUAUCGCUACUACAACCCAAAGAACUGCAAUCUGGACUUUGCCGGCAUGGUUGAGGACCUGAAGAAUAUUCCUGAAAAAUCGAUUGUGCUGCUUCACGCCUGUGCUCAUAAUCCAACGGGCGUCGAUCCCAACACCGAGCAGUGGCGUGAGCUGUCGCAGCUGUUCAAGCAGCGCAAACUUUAUCCAUUCUUCGACAUGGCCUAUCAGGGCUUUGCCACCGGCAAUGUCGAUGGCGAUGCCCAGGCCGUGCGCAUCUUCGAGGCUGAUGGCCAUGAUUUUUGCCUAGCGCAGAGCUUCGCCAAGAACAUGGGCCUGUACGGUGAGCGAGCUGGUGCCUAUACGGUGAUUUGUGCCGACGAGGAUGAGGCAGCUCGCUGUUUGUCACAGAUCAAGAUACUGAUUCGCGCUCUCUACUCCAAUCCCCCGAUUCAUGGUGCGCGCAUCGCCGCCGAGAUCCUCAACAACGGCGAUCUGCGUACCCAAUGGCUGAAGGAUGUGAAGACCAUGGCUGAUCGCAUCAUCAAUGUGCGCGCACAGCUGAAGAGCAAUCUGGAAAAGCUAGGCUCCUCGCGCAACUGGCAGCACAUUGUUGAUCAGAUUGGAAUGUUCUGCUUCAGUGGACUCACACCCGAGCAAGUGGACAGCCUGAUGAAGAACUACAGCGUGUACCUGACCAGAGAUGGCCGCAUUUCUAUGGCUGGUGUGACUAGCAAGAAUGUUGAGUACCUGGCCGACAGCAUCCACAAGGUGACCAAAUAGAUUCUAUCAAUGGCUGGAGCCUCACACUUAUCUGCGCCUGUACGCAU